UAAAAAAAAACCCUAGCAAUACAACAUGCGACGUGGCAGGAUGUGAUUCGCCUGCUGGGGUGUAAGUUUUUUUGCUUCCUUUAUAUAACCCAACUCCGUUGACGUAUCUCGCAUUCUCGCCCUAUAUUCAACAAAUCCCCUUUUUCUCAGGGAUCUUCUCUAGCGACGGAAUGGGGCUAACAUUCACCAAGCUCUUUAGCCGGCUCUUUGCCAAGAAGGAGAUGCGUAUUUUGAUGGUGGGUCUUGAUGCAGCUGGUAAGACAACCAUUUUGUACAAGCUCAAGCUUGGUGAGAUCGUGACAACAAUCCCUACCAUUGGGUUUAACGUGGAGACUGUUGAGUACAAAAACAUCAGCUUCACUGUCUGGGAUGUUGGGGGUCAGGACAAGAUCCGUCCACUAUGGAGGCACUACUUUCAGAACACACAAGGUCUUAUCUUUGUGGUUGAUAGCAAUGACAGGGAUAGAGUUGUUGAGGCAAGAGAUGAGUUACAUAGGAUGUUGAACGAGGACGAGCUUCGUGAUGCAGUGUUGCUUGUAUUUGCUAACAAACAAGAUCUUCCAAAUGCAAUGAAUGCUGCUGAAAUCACUGACAAGCUUGGCCUCCAUUCCCUCCGACAACGCCACUGGUACAUCCAGAGCACCUGUGCAACCUCAGGAGAGGGUCUCUAUGAGGGUCUCGAUUGGCUUUCUAAUAACAUUGCUAACAAGGCAUAAGACUGAAUGUGGAUCUUGGAUGUGAGCUGUGUGCCUUUGGUGUGGUUUAUAGCAGCUUUUUGCGGUAGCAAAAUGUGUCUUAUAUAGUAUUCGGGUCUGGGUUGUAUUGCAAGUACUUUUUUAAAUAGAGUUUCCUUCAUAAGCCUGAAGUUGUAAUAGAGGUUAAUUUUGACUCUAUGCUUUUACCUUCAUCAAAUCAUUUCACCUAUUCUUGUGUUA